AAUACAGACUACGAGUUCAUCGAGUAAACGGCAGAACAAUAUUGACCCGAACAAAUCCACAAAACCGAUUUUUACAUCUAACAAAUCAGCAGUCAGAACAUGAUAGGCUUUACUGGCUUAUCACCAACAAAUCUUAUCAAACAUUAAUGCGCAUGAUUAGGUUGACGUCUGGCUUAGUUCAAAGACUUACGCUCGAUUCAUAUUACACCCGGAUACAAACAUCGCUCGCUCACGGAGCGACUGGAGGUAACAAAUCUUCUCUGCUUUUAGUUUAGUGGUGGAGAGCACAGACCUAGUAAAGAUGUCCUCAAGAAUUAAAAGCGGGAAGUUGCGAGUUGUCCAUUGUCUCGGCGAAGAUCACAAUGAUGUCGCUGUAUUAUACUGUGCUGUGGAUCCCAAAGAAGAGACCCUCGCUACGUGUUGUGCUGAUGGAAAAAUAAAUUUAUGGACAAUAGCAACCGGGCAGAAUUUAAGAACUCUUUCAGGUGGCCAUACGGACCAGAUCACAUCGUGUGCGUUCUCUUCGAUAGGAAACAUUUUGGCGUCUUCGUCUCUAGACAAAAAAGUCAUUCUGUGGCAUUAUAAGACUGGGAAACGGGCUUCUCGUUUAGAGCUCCACUCAGCUGCCGUCCUUCAGUGCACCUUUUCCAAAGAUGGAAAACUUCUCGCCUCUGCCUCACGAGAUAAGACUGCUCGCCUUUACAAGAUACGGCCAGGUUCAGGGGAGUUUGUUCCCGGAGGGGACAUUAAACAACUCGUAGGGCAUACCGCCGCAGUAAAUUGUAUUCAGUUUUCGCCGGAUGCUGCUAUGGCACUCACAGGUUCAGAUGACAUGACGAUCUGCGUGUGGAGACAGGAUAGCGACUGGAGCUGUGUGGCCACUCUGGGCAAAUUACCCGGACCUGUUAAGGGCGUAAUAUUCUCACCGGUCGACCCCGUGUUUGCUUCCUUAGCUGGCAACAGUGCAACAGUUUGGACAAUGCAUGGGACUAGCUAUAAUGUUGAAAACAGUGCAGACAUCAGAAGCAGCAAACAAUUGAAGGCAAUUUCCUUUAUCCCAGAUGGCAGGCACAUAGUGGGUGUGGCAAGUGAUGCUACGAUAAACAUCUGGGACUCUGUGGAUGACAACGUUUGGAAUAGUUGGAAGGAUACUAGCUCAAAUAAACAUAACGGUGCAAUCUUAACGUGCUGUUUCGCUGGAAGAAACUUUAUCUCUGCUGAUGAGACUGGAUGUACGUUUGUUUGGGAGCUUAUUGAGAGCAAUGCAAAAUAGCUCAAAACAACAAUGACAAAGGCCAACUAAAACAUUUAGCAACUCUUUGGAAGAUUAUUAUCUCCAAAGCAUUCUUCAGAUAAAGAAAUUUCAAUCGAAAUUGGGCUCUUCGCUUUACGCUUUUGGAACAGAAGCCCCAAAACUUUCAUCUGACUCUGUCCAAAGUAUCAAUGAAAAAAGAGAUUAUACUAUCCGCAGGCUACCCAGCCAUCAUUAAUAUGCUCCUCUAAAUAAUUGACAAUAUCAGAAAAAAUUGAUUGAUGAGCUUUAUCGCUGUAAACAUAUGAAGUGGAUAAAAGAUGAUGUGAAAGAGAAAA